UUUUUGAUGGAAUAAGUGUGCAUUGGAAUGGAAUGUCCUUGAUGACACUCUCACUUAGAGAAUAGCUUACUCUCCUUUUAAGAAAAGUAAAUUAUUAAUUCUGGAUAUUUCCCCUACAGUUGGUUGUCUUUUGUGCCAUUGAAUGACCAUUUCUUUUUUCUUUUCUUGGAUAAUUAUACUUGUAUUUAAACCUGGAUUGGACAUAGAUGAGUUCUAUUUAAGCAGUGCUUGUUAUGCCAGAAAAGGACAUUGGACUUGGGGGAACUCAUGCUGGGUCUAGAUUGAUAUCCACAAACUCCAGAGACUCCUGUACCCUCCGUCAUAGUGCCUGCCCUUUCUAACCAACUAUUGACUUCUAAACUAAUCCCAAGGAUUUUUUUUUUUUUUCUUUUUAUUCCUCUGGUGCUAUAAACUGAGCAAAAAUAUUACCUUGAGAGAAGUCCAAGAAGCAGUAGGUUUCAUCUUCCCUCAGUCUGCCCGGCUUUUGGUGAGUUUGGGAGUGUUGACAGUCUUGAGCCUUCUUGGCAAAGUCAGGGUCAGAAAGAGAAUCCCUUGGGCAGGGGUCCAGAUUCUUACUUGCCUGGUUAGGGAGAAUUCAGUUUUGGUUGGCUGGCUGACUGGCAGGACACACUUAAUCACUGAGACCCAGUAUUUCAGCAGUUUGUAGAGGAAAGUGAUAUGAAGGAACAGCUGCAAGUAAGCCACAACCUGGAUCUGAGAAGAUCAAGCACUCACUUCACUUGAAGGAAAGAGAGAAGGAAGGAAACCUAGGGCUUAGCAGGUUCCCAGGUAUCAUUGGACAGGUCAUGGCUCCACGCUUACGGCAACGGAGGCACAAGAAAUCCCCAACAGUGGCUCCCGUGGUUGUGAUCCCUCCCACAGUUGUGACUCCUCUGCCUCUGACUCUCUCAAAACCUGGCCCUAGCAUUGAUGCACAUGGCUUCUUCUCCUUGGACAGUAAUGUUCCUGGUCUGUCCCAGCUGAUCCUUCAAAAGCUGAACAUGAAAAGUUAUGAAGAAUACAAGUUGGUGAUAGAUGGGGGUAUCCCUGUAUCAGGCUUUGGAUUUCAAUGUCCUCAAGAAAUGUUCCAGAGGAUGGAGGACACAUUCCGAUUCUGUGCUCACUGUAGAGCACUCCCUAGUAACCUUUCAGACUCCAAAGUUCUUCGGCACUGUAAGAGGUGCAGAAAUGUCUAUUACUGUGGCCCAGAGUGCCAGAGGUCAGAUUGGCCAGUACACAGGAAGGUUUGUCAAGAGCUUCGUCUUGUGGCUGUGGAUCGUCUCAUGGAAUGGCUUCUGGCCACAGGUGAUUUUGUCCUACCCUCAGGACCUUGGCCAUGGCCGGCUGAAGAUGUACAGGACUGGAAUACCUGGUUUUCUAUGAGGGGGUUGCAGAUAGAUGCUACACUGAAUGCUAUACUAGGCAGUCAUGCUAUGACCUCCUUAUGGGCCAGUGUAGGAAGGCCGAGGCCAGACCCAGAUGACUUGAAGGGCUCUUUGAGGCGACUCCUGACAGAUGUUCUGUCACGGCCUUUGACUCUGGGCCUAGGGUUUAGGGUCCUAGGGAUAGAUGUUCGGAAGACUGGAGGAAGUGCAGUGCAUGUGGUUGGUGCGUCCCACGUGGAGACAUUUCUCACUCGUUCUGGGGACUAUGAUGAGCUUGGCUAUAUGUUUUCUGGACACCUUGGCCUCCAUGUGAUCAUGGUGGGUGUAGAUGUGUCUGCUGACUUUUUACACAGCACCUCAGCUUCACCUCUGGAACCUGGCACAAUUCAGCUUAGUGGCCACAGGAGCCUCUAUCAUGACUUCUGGGAAGAGCAGAUAGAGACUGGGAAGAUAGCCUAUCCAGAUAUGGUGGUGGCAUUCCAUCCAGGUUUCCAUGCAUCCCUGAACUUGAUGGAAGCUUGGCUGCCCACCCUGCUGCUACUUCGUGACUAUAAGAUCCCUACAUUGAUUACUGUUUACAGCCAUCAGGAAUUGGCAGCCUCUUUGCAGAUUUUGGUGAACCUUGAUAUACACGUCACUGCAUAUGGAGCUAACCCUUUCACAUCCCUCAAACCUGAACAGGUCUAUUCCAACCCCAACAAGCAGCCAGUAUACUGCAGUGCCUACUACAUCAUGUUUCUUGGAAGCUCCUGCCCGCUAGAGAGACAAUUAGAAGAGAAAGUGGAUGGUGUGGCUUAAAUAACUGAGCCAAAUCUUAACUGGACAUCCGGAAAGUAGGGAAGUUAUAAUGAAAUUACCUUGAUGAUGCCAAAUUAUUGCCAACUUUAAAAUAUACUUACUGUAUUCUAAGCCCUAUUCACUGCCUAGGUACAGAUUGUAGACUGAAUAAGAGCUCUACUACUUAUCUAACAGUUUGGGCUAGAAAAUGGAGAUGUCAAUAACUUGAAAGUCAUGUAAGAAUGGGAAAAUUGGGCUGGGGAUGUGGCUCAAGCGGUAGCGUACUCGCCUGGCAUGCUUGGGGCCCGGGUUCCAUCCUCA